AUGGCCGAUUCCAGUUCAAAACACGCAGCCGUUAAGGCCAGCGAUGCGCCCGGCAUGGACGCCGACGAGCUGCGUCUGGCGCAGAUGGGCCACACUCAAGAACUGAAGCGUCACUUUAGCAUGCUGUCGCUGAUCGGGCUGGCGUCGACUACGACCAUCUCCUGGACAGGCCUUGGUCUCAGCAUCGUCACCGAAAUCAACGCCGGCGGACCAAGUGCGAUUAUCUACGGCUUCAUCCUGGUCACGAUAAUGCAGUCGUUCCUCGGGGCCUCUCUGGCCGAGUUUGUCUCCAGCUAUCCAACCGAGGGGGGCAUGUACCACUGGAUUGCCGCGAUUGCGCCCAAGAAGCUGAGUGCCUUUUUGAGCUUCAUCACCGGCUGGCUGACCGUUUCUGGCUGGAUAUUCACCACCGCGUCGACCAACCUGAUCUUCGCCCAGAUCGUCCAAGCACUUUAUUCUCUAUACCACCCCUCAGAUCCAAUCAAAACGUGGGAAACGUUCAUCAUUUACCAGGCCCUGAACAUCUUGACGGCGUCGGUGGUCCUCUUUGGGAACAAGGCCAUCCCAGCGCUCAACAGGUUCUCUCUCUUCUACCUCCAGAUCGGCUGGUUCGUCGUCCUCGUUACAGUCGUCGCAUGUGCGCCGACGUAUCAAAGCAAGGAUUUCGUGUUUAGGACGUUUAUCAACAACACCGGCUGGGACAGCAAUGUUAUCUGCUUCAUCACCGGGCUGGUCAACCCGCUGUAUGCCCUGGGAGGACUGGAUGGAGUCACGCAUAUCACAGAGGAGAUGCCCAACCCCUCACGCAACGCCCCAUUGGCAAUCUGCAUCACCCUGACCAUUGCCUUCACCACCGGCCUCAGCUACCUGAUCGCCCUGAUGUUCAGCGUCCAAGACUUCGCCGCCCUGUCCGACACAAACACCGGACUCCCUCUCACUGAACUAUUCCGCCAGGUCACCCAGUCCGUCGGCGGCGCCUUCGGCCUCACCUUCAUCCUCUUCAUCGCUCUCGGUCCCUGCGUCGUCGCCUCCCAACUCUCCACCUCGCGCGUCCUCUGGGCCUUCGCCCGCGACAGAGCCAUGCCCUUCUCCGACACCUGGGCCCGCGUCAGCAAGCGCUUCGGCAUCCCCUUCAACUCCCAACUCCUCGUCGCAUCCGCCAUCGCCGCGCUAGGCUGUCUCUAUCUCGGCAGCAGCACCGCAUUCAACAGCAUGCUCGGCGCCGCCGUGACAAUCAACAACGUCGCAUACCUAAUCCCACUCUCAACAAACAUGCUCACCGGCCGCGCAAACAUGCACAAGGGCGUGUUCCAUAUGGGGCGGUGGGGCUGGCUGGUUAAUGGGGUUGCCGUGGGCUGGCUGGUCUUUGCGAUUGUCUUCUUCAGUUUCCCGUAUAAUAUGCCUGUCACGGUGCAGAAUAUGAACUAUACUUGUGUUGUUGUUGGCGGGAUUCCGAUUCUCAUUCUGGCUUGGUGGUUUCUAGGGAAUGGGCAGUAUAAGGAUAAGAUUGCUAGGGCGAAGGAGGAGUAA